AUGGAUCUCUCACCAGCCACCGCGGGUGCCUAUGGCGGAAAGGCGGCGGACGCGUACCGGAAGGCGCUCAGCUCAGCUGCCUCGGCCGCCGCGUACGCCGUGCUGGCGCGGAGCAUGGCGCGUGCGCUCCUCCCGGACGAGCUGCGCGCCGCGGUGCGCUGGGCCGCGUCCGUGCUCCGCGCGCGCCUCGGCUGGGGCGCCAAGGAGCGGCGAACGCUCGUCAUCCGAAGCCACACCGGCGGCGGCGGUCGCGAGGAGAAUCUUCUCUUCGACGCGGCGCGGACGUACCUGUCCUCCAGGCUCGACCCGCGCGCCAUGCGCCGUCUCGGGCUCAGGCUGUGCGCGACCAGGGACGAUGGUGGCCUGAGAAGCUGGACGAAGCGCCUCUUCAUUGAGCCCGGGGACUCCACCGUCGAUGUCUUCGACGGCGUCGAGUUCAUGUGGUCGUCCGUCCAGAAGACUAAUGGCGGCGGAGGAGGAAACAAGAAGUCCAAGAACGGGGAGUCCGGCACCGCCGAGUUUCUGCUCAAGCUCAGCUUCGACGCCAAGCACACAGACAUGGCUAUGGAGAGGUACGUGCCCUUCGUCAUGGGGGCGGCCGAGGAGACGAGGCUGCGGGAGCGUUCGCUCAUGAUCUGCAUGAACGAGGGCCGAACAUGGUUCAGGCUGCACCACCAUCACCCCGCCACGUUCGACACGCUCGCCAUGGACCCGGUGCUCAAGCAGUCCAUCGUCGCCGACCUCGACCUGUUCGCCAACAGGAGGGACCACUACCGGCGGAUUGGCAAGGCGUGGAAGCGCGGGUACCUUCUCUACGGCCCGCCCGGCACCGGCAAGUCCAGCCUGGUGGCCGCCAUGGCCAACCACCUCCGCUACAACAUCUACGACCUCGACCUCAGCCACGUGCAAAACACAACGCUGCAGUGGCUGCUCCUCACCAUGUCUGACAAGUCCAUCCUUGUCAUCGAGGACAUCGACUGCUGCUGCGAUGCCAUGUUAAGGGAGGUGGACAGCAAGACGCCGGCGCGGACUUGCAAAGAAGACGGCGGCGGCUCAUCAGAAACUUCGGACGGUACGCCGUCUCCGAAGCGCAAAUCGGAGAUCACGCUUUCGGGGCUGCUCAACUUCAUCGACGGGCUCUGGUCGACCAGUGGCGAGGAGCGCCUCAUCGUCUUCACCACCAAUUACAAGGACCGGCUCGACCCGGCGCUGCUGCGGCCGGGGCGCAUGGACAUGCACGUCUACAUGGGCUACUGCUGCUGGGAGGCAUUCAAGACUCUGGCCCGGAACUACUUCCUCGUCGACGACCACCCCCUCUUCCCGGAGAUACAGGAACUGCUUAUGGCGGUGCAGGUGACGCCGGCCGAGGUGUCCGAGAUGCUGCUGAGGACCAAUGAGCCUGACGUCGCGCUCCGGAGUCUCACGGAGUUCCUCUUAGAGAAGAAGCAGGGACAGAGCAAGAUGGAGGAAGUGCAUGAAGAGAACUAA